AUGGCAGGAACACCUCCCUCCGGCAGUGCCUCGGAUUCAGCAGGACUGCUGGCUCUGGGCGCUCGCCAGUCGGCCCUGGUCACCAAGGCGUUCACCGGCGUGAACCUUCUGGUGCUGGGCGGCGUCACCGUCUCCGGCUUCAUCAAGGGGGAGCUGCACAACUGGAGGCUCACGGAGCGGGACUACAGCCGCGCCGUGGCCAUGGCCCUCAACAGCUCCGGCCACAACAGCUCCAGCCUGGGCCCUCUGGGCGCCGGGGGCUUCGUGCCUUUCGGCUUCGACGGGAUUCUCCGGGGGACGGCCACGUGUUUCUUUGCCUUCAUCGGCUUUGACUGCAUCGCCACCACGGGUAACGCGGAAAGGGCCCCAGGGGCGGCCACCUCAGGGACGCGCGGGCUGGAGCCCCGGUGCCGCCGCUGGACCCGCGGGCUUCCCCCGCAUCUUUAAUU